CUCCGCCUUCAUAACUAACCAUGAGUACAGGUUUGAAAGUGGAAUAUGAUAUUCCAGUAUUGUUCCAGAUCUCGCGCGCGGAUUAUGUGUCUCGCCCCGCAGCCUAGGGGACCGUUUACUCAUAUAAGCCAGCCUCUUUCCUUUCGACUUACCUCCAGAAUUAACAACGAAAUUUGGCUUUCAUGAUCAUACCAGCACUUCUAUCUCUCCUCAAUCUAGUCUUUGAUUUCAUGAGAUUGUUCUCUCCAAGCCUGCGGCGCAACACACGAAGCUAUUCGAUAUCCUCGAUCAAAAUGGCCACCCGGACUGUUCUUAUUCUCGGCUCAGGCCCACGUAUCGGCGAUGCCGUUUCCGAAAAGUUCGCCGCAGAUGGAUAUAAUGUCGCUCUUGUCUCUAGGAAAGGAACAAACUUGAUCAAUGACAAAGGUUAUCUUUCUCUCCAGGCCGAUUUUGCCAAUACCGAACCCAGCCUCCUGGCUUCUAUCUUCGACAAAGUCAAGAGCGAGUUCAAGGUCGCUCCUAGUGUGGUCAUCUACAAUGCCGGAUCUAUCACUCCUCCUCCUGAUGCAGAUUCGGCCUUGUCUAUCCCGAGUGCUCGUGUUACCAACGAUUUAAACGUCAAUGUUGUCAGCCCAUACAUUGCGGCACAAGAAGCUAUCAAACACUGGGAAACUCUGCCCGCAGAAGGCAAGAAAUUGUUCAUCUACACAGGCAACAUUUGCAACGUCGCUGUGUUGCCUGUACCGCUGUUAUUGAACGGCGGUAUGGGAAAGGCGGCCACUGCUUACUGGCUUGGGGUUGCUGACGGGGCAUACACAGCCAAGGGUUGUCGAUUCAUUUACGCCGACCAGCGCCAAGCGGAUGGAAAGAUUGCAGGGCAGGCGGUUAGCGGGCCUGCGCAUGCCGAGUUCUAUACACAGUUGGCGGAGAGCGGUGCGAAUGAUGUCCCGUGGCAUGCGACGUUUGUCAAGGAUAAAGGAUAUGUCAAAUUCUAGGUCACGAUUGGCAUAUUAUCUAGCUACCAAUC